GCGAUGUUUUGAGGGGAAAUGGGUUCAUGUUUCUUGGUGGGGACGGAAGGGGAAGUAAAUAAUUUAAAUGUCUCUAAUACCUGGGAAUCUACAUUUGAUAGAACAGCAAUCAACCUGUCCAAACAGUAUCCAGAACACUUCGACCGGAAAAAACUCCUGGAUUCGUAAGACUGAAGUUUAAGAGUCCCGUCUUUGUUUGUUGAAGGCAGGGGACGUCCGCGAUAAAGUAAAGAAUACAUUACGGUUCAGUUGACAUUAUUAGCUUAAUAUUUUAACUAACGUUACUUGUUGUUUGCUAGUCUUAACCGAACAGAAAUAUAUAUUGUUAUGGUAAGCGGAGCUUCACAGUCCGGUACAGGCAAACAAAGGAGAUGUUAACUUGACCGAACCAUAUCAAUGUGUUUAUUAUUAAUAUCGCGUUUUCCAGAAAGGGAGAUAUUGGACUUUAUAUCUAAAAAAACGCCGUUAUUGUGGCUAGAAAUAGGAAAGCACACAGAAGAUGGCAUCGACAAAGGGCAAAACCGGAAUAAAUAAUGAAAGCAGUUGUGGUCGGGAUAGUGGCAGGACAGACGCAGGCAGUCCCACGUCAUCCGCAGGGGCCGCAUCCCUGCCCUCCAACAGGAUUUAUUCUCUAGAUGACCUGGACACUAUUGCCACAGUCGGUACAGGAACCUUUGGAAGGGUUUUUUUGGUGAGAGAUAAAAAGACUAGAGGUUUCUUUGCUCUGAAGGCAAUGAAGAUCCCAGAUGUAAUCCGUCUAAAGCAGGAACAACACGUCCAUAAUGAAAAAGAGGUUCUGACAGAAGUGAGCCAUCCUUACCUCGUUAGACUGUUCUGGACGCAUCAUGAUGAGUGUUUCCUGUACAUGUUGAUGGAAUACGUGAACGGCGGCGAAAUCUUUAGCUAUUUACGCAGCCGAGGACGCUUCAGUAACAACACCGGGCUCUUUUAUUCAGCAGAAAUUGUGUGUGCCAUUGAGUACCUUCACUCCAAAGAAAUCGUCUACAGAGACCUGAAACCAGAGAAUAUUCUGCUGGACAGCGAGGGCCACAUUCGUCUGACAGAUUUCGGCUUCGCUAAAAAGCUCUCAGAAAGGACGUGGACUCUUUGUGGUACCCCUGAGUAUUUGGCUCCAGAAGUGAUUCAGAGCAAAGGUCACGGUCGAGCGGUAGACUGGUGGGCUCUGGGGGUGCUCAUUUUUGAAAUGCUAGCUGGGUAUCCUCCAUUUUUUGACGAUAAUCCCUUUGGCAUUUACCAGAAGAUUCUAGCAGGAAAGCUGGAUUUUCCGCGGCAUCUGGAUUUCUAUGUAAAAGAUCUAAUCAAGAAGUUUCUGGUGAUUGACCGGGCAAAAAGGCUUGGAAAUAUGAAGAAUGGAGCAGAUGAUGUCAAAAAGCACCGAUGGUUUAAGUCAAUAGACUGGGAUUUUGUGCCCAGUAGAAAACUCAAGCCGCCCAUAGUCCCAAAGGUAUCUCAUGAAGGCGACACGUCUAAUUUUGACACCUAUCCUGAGGACGAUUGGAAGAAAGACACGCCAGUACCAGCUAAAGAUCUGGAAAUUUUUAAAAACUUCUGAAGGGAUUUUCCUUGGGGUUUUUAGAAAGACAGAAGGGCUUGUUGAAGGGUCACAAAAUGAUCAUUUUAAUCUAACCAUUCAGGGGAAAUUAAAGGUCAGUUUCAUCAUUAUAGGGAAAUCUUUUUCUGCUUUUCCAUAUCCAUAUUUCCACAUUUCUAUAUCUGCAGACUUGAAAUAGAGAUACAAACUGUAUUAGAACAUCACAACCAUUAUUAUUAUUAUAAUGGACAACUUCAUUUUGUUGGGUCUCUUUAUAUUAUGCAAAAAUGUAUUUUAAAUGUCAUAUUAAAUCAGCAAUAACAAGGAUCUUUUCAAGGUUCCUUUUGCUGGAUCGAGACAAUGUCUUUGCUUACCUAAAAGUGUGUAGUCAUGAUUCUGUGAUGACUCGUAGCUUAAAAGCUGAAUCAGUGAUUUCAGCCUGACUAAAAACUGAUCUAGCCGUGUUGAUCUCCAGUCUCGUAACCAUAUAAAACCUAUAUGUGGUAUAAAUGUACGUAUAUCGGAACGUUAGUAUCCAAAGACAAUAGAAUGUUAGAGGUCAAAUGGAUAAUGCCUGGCAAAGUAGAGGGAGCACUUGCCUACUCAAACUUGAUCUCACACACCUACUGGUGACUUUAAUGCUUGAUCGUAUCAUAAUACUGUACCUGUUCAAAACACAGUGUCUAUUGUGCUGUGUGAUCUUGUUAUGUAUGUGUUUACUAAUUGGUUAAAAGAAUAGUUCACUUUAAAAUGGAAAUUCCGUCAUUAUUUACAUGCCCUCUUGUCAUUUCAAACGUCCAUGAUUUUCUUUUAAAGAACACAAACGAAGACAUUUUGAAAAAUAUUAGAAACAGUAAACUGUUGGUCCCCAUUGACAUGCAUUGGUUUUGUGUCCAUACAAUAUAGUAAAUGGGGACCAGCGGUUUUUGGUUACUAAAAUUUUUUCAAAAUAUCUUAUCGUUUUAUCUUCUUUUGUGUUUUGCAGAAGACAAAAACAACACGUGUUUAAAAUGACAAUAGGGUAAGUAAAUGAUGACAGAAUUUAAAUUUUGAGGGUGAACUAUUCCUUUAAGUGCAUAAACAUUUCAGGAUUAUUACCUAGUCCUUGUCAAAACCUGCCUUGCAGCGGUGUAAAGGUGAAUUUAGCACAAUUUACAUUACAUUGUUUUGUAGGUUGUAACAGUACCUAAAAUGUCUAAAAAGAGGUUUUCUGAAUUCAAGUCUUAAUAAAAACUGACUUUUUGUUUGAAAUGCAUUAGAAUUGUAGUUACUGUGUGUGUUUAAAACAGUUCUUCCUAAAUGCCUUUGACAGAUUUUUUCUGAAGCAUAAAUUUGUCAUUGUAAAUUGUCUGAACAAAUAAUACUUGUGACCAUUUAUUUGCUUUUUCAGCUUUGUUAUUACACUUCCAUUUGAAAUUGCACUAGCAAAUUUCAUAUAAACUUCUUUACAGUGCAAUGCACUGUCAGUGGUACAUACAGUAUGAAGAGGUGUUGGAUUUUUUCAUAAUUGUUUUUCUAUGUACAAUUGUAUUCUUUUUGCUGUGUUUUCAUUUGUUAUGUUUUUUUGAGAGAAUAUUGUAUUUUAUGUUUUUGCCAAAGCAAAGGCUGAAAUGAAGUUCUAUGAACUAAAUGGUUGAUAAAACCACAGCAUAGACAUUUUAUACUUAUUUUUAAUUAUAGAUUUUUUAGUUUGUUGAUAUUUUAUUUGAAUUGCCUUUUGAACUUGGACGAUGUAUUCAAGAUGAUACAAGUGAAAUGUAUCCUGAAACCAAGUUGUUAUGAAGACAAAUGCACAAUCAAUAACCAUGAAAAUAAACUAAACGUUUCA